AUGGCUUCCUGCCGCACGUAUGACCCCAAGGUGCUGGUGGCCAUUGUGUGUGGGCUGCUGACCGCCAUCGUUUUGGGAGUGGGCAUCUGGAGGAUCGCGAUCAAAAUCCAGAGAGGAACAUAUACCUCGUCAUCAAGCACCCCUAUAGAAUUCUGCAGGAAUGGUGGAACCUGGGAAAAUGGCAGAUGCAUUUGUCCAGAAGAGUGGAAAGGACUGAGAUGUACAAUCGCUAAUUUCUGUGAAAAUAGUACCUAUGGGAGUUUUACUUUUCCCAGAAUUUCAGUGGGAAGAUACGGAGCUUCCUUGCAAACAUGUGACGAGAACACUCUAAAUGCGGGCAAUCCAAGGGCAACCCGGCUGUGCAAUCUUACUGAAGAUGGAGAGAUAGAAUUACAAAAUGUGAAAAUAGGAAAUUGCAACGAAAAUCUGGAAGCCCUGGAAAAGCAGAUAAGCAAUACCUCAAUACAGUUGUUGAAUAUUUCUACUGAAGCCCAGAUUUUAACUUGUGAUGCCAGUAAAUUAACUCCUGAGAACAUCACUUCUGCUACUAGAGUGGUGGGACAGAUCUUGAACACAUCCAGGAGUGAUUCAUCUGAGGCACGACAAGUUGCUGUAACAACAGUGAGCCAACUUCUAGAUGCCAGUGAAGAUGUUUUUCAAAGAGCUGCUGCUGAUAAUGAUGAUACCUUUGCAACGCUUAUUGAACAAAUGGAGACUUAUUCCUUGACCUUGGGCAACGAGUCAGUGGUGGAACCUAAUAUAGUAAUACAGUCUGUUGAUUUCUCUUCAGAAGGCGCUGUGGGCUCUAUAGGUGUUCGCUUCACUGUGCAGAAAGGAGCUAGUGAUUCUCUCGUUUCUGGUUCCACAUUGAUAGAUACGAACGUGGACAGCCUUGAUCCAGAUGGACAGACUGAACUUCAGAUCUUGCUCAAUACCUCGAGAAGUAACACCAGGUCAUGUGGCUUUAUAAUGUAUCAAAAUAACAAGCUUUUCCAAUCAAAAACUUUUACAACUAGAUCAGAUUUUAGUCAAAAAAUUAUCUCAAGCAAGAUUGAUGAUAAUGAGGAAGAUGAGAGUGCUUCUGUUAAAAUAGUCUUUAGUCCAAAGUACAACCAAGAAGAAUUCCAACUCCAUUCCUAUGCCUGUGUCUAUUGGAAUUUUUUAAUGAAGGAUUGGGACACAUAUGGCUGUCACAAAGAGGAAAACAUUGAUGGAUUCCUGGGCUGCCACUGCAACCAUACUACGAAUUUUGCUGUAUUAAUGAGUUUCAGAAAAGAUUAUAAAUAUCCUGAAUCACUGAAUGUAUCAUCCAACGUUGGAUGUGCGCUGUCCAUUACUGGUCUGGUUCUCACGAUCAUAUUUCAGAUUGUCACCAGGAAAGUCAGAAAAACCUCAAUAACCUGGGUGUUGGUCAGUCUGUGCACAUCAAUGUUGAUUUUCAACCUCCUCUUUGUGUUUGGAAUUGAAAACUCCAAUAAGAACUUAAAGACAAGCAAUAGUGACACCAAUAUUGACAAUAAUAAUAAUGAAAUGCUCACACAAGACACUAUCGUCAUCUCGAAUCCCACGUGCACGGUGGUCGCUGCCUUGCUGCACUAUUUUCUCUUGGGGACGUUCACGUGGACUGGACUCAGCGCCGCCCAGCUCUACUUCCUUCUGAUUAGGACCAUGAAGCCUCUUCCUCCACGUUUCAUUCUUUUCAUCUCUUUAAUUGGAUGGGGAGUCCCGGCUGUAGUGGUGGCUUUGACAGUGGGAAUUAUUUUUUCUCAGAAUAAGAAUGAUUCACAAUGGGAGUUACGCUACCGGCAAGAGGAAAUCUGCUGGCUAGCGGUUCCAGAAAGCGAUGGUGUGAUAACAAGUCCAUUGCUGUGGUCGCUCAUUGUACCUAUGACCAUUAUCCUCAUCAGUAACGUUGUUAUAUUCAUUGUCAUCAUAGUCAAAGUGCUGUGGAAGAAUAACCAGAAUCUGACGAGCACAAAAAAGGUUUCGUCCGUAAAGAAGAUUCUGAGCACCUUAUCUAUUGCAGUUGUUUUUGGAAUUACCUGGAUUCUGUCAUACCUUAUGCUAACUAAAAAUGAUGACAUCAGGCUCAUCUUCAGCUACAUUUUCUGCCUUUUCAACACUACUCAGGGAUUGCAAAUUUUUAUCCUCUACACGGUCAGAACAAAAAUCUUCCAGAGUGAAGCUUCCAAAGUGUUGAAGUCGCUGUCGUCAUCCACUGGGAGAAUGAAGUCUAUGCCAUCGAUGAUCCCACUGAGGCUGCGUGUCAGGAUGUAUAACAUGCUCAGGUCUUUGCCAGCCCUAAAUGAGCGCUUUAGGCUGCUGGAGCCAUCUUUAAUCACCAAGGAAACCGUAGUCUCUGAAAGUGACCAAGAAAACCCAAGCUUCCAGACAUAAAACUGUUGCCUUUGUGGUCCUCUUUUUAUUCAACACGUGUGAGUCUUGCUUUUCCUAUUUCCUUCCUUUAUUACCCAGUCGUCCCAGAAAUUCUCCCUCAACAUAUUUCACUCAAGGUUAAGAAUCAGGUAAGAACUGUUGUUUAUUAUCAUUAGGGAUAAUGGAUUUGGUAGUUUUUCUAUUAUUCAAUAGAUUCUUACCUGAAUGAGGUGAAGAAUUCCACCCAGCAUUCAAGAUAACUGAAGAUUAUCAUUGCUCCUUAUAUCAUGAAGUCUAUGUGACAAACUUUGAUAAAAAUGUAGAACCUAAAACCAAUUCUUUGACAAUUUACUAAAAAGGACAUGAGGAGGAAAAUUUACCUUCCAGAACAAAAUGAACACUGCAGGGAUUUGCUUGUAUCAUACUUUUGAUCUGUGAAUAUUUUAAAUUUGUGUACACUUAUAGUUUUAUUUCCAAGUAAGAAUUUUGCACCAAUUUAACCUGGAAAGGGAUAUUUUUUUCUGUUAAAAAAUUAUAAAAGCAUGUUCUGUGACCAUAGGAAUUGGCUCUAUGAGAAAUGAGCAGUGAGGACCUGGCUGGUUACUAAAGGCUCUGGAUAUUUCUUUCCAGUUCUUGCUAUAUCUGCCCUUUUAUUGAUGAAAUGACACUGAGACUCAAAAAAUGAAAAGGUCAUCACAAUCACCCCUUGUGGCUUUUAAAAGAUCUAAAUGCUCAUGGAAUUUCAAACACUUGAAUUAUGAAUGGCUUCCUAAAUAAAAAAUGACCUCCACUGGGGUGGGGAGCACCCCCCUGGACUGGGGAGGCAGAGUCUCUGAAUUGCUGUGUCUGUUUUGCUAUGAACCAGGCAGCUCCCGUGAGUGCACUGAACUAAGGGACUCACAAGCGCGAGCUGUGGCAAACCCUCCUCACCACGUCCUAAAGAACAUGUGUUUGUUUGAAGAAAGCUUGUAAAUGACUGUUGGAUUCCUAGGCAAGCUGGGAGCCGAUUUCAUCUGCAGUAUAAUUGAGACCUUACAGGAUAAUGGAAAAAAGUACAGGGAAGAUCAAAAGAAAAGCAGAUCUCAGAAGUGAGUGUCUCCGUGGUGUCGUAGUGCUGUCCCUGGAUAGGGGCUGGACACCGGAAGAAUUACAACAUGUGGUUGCCCUACUCUAUGUCCCGAAAUUUAUAUUCAGGUGAAAAUAAACCUUAAGUAAGGGCCACUUUAAAUGUGAGAAAAAAAGUCAUCCAAGAGCCACCUUUAGCCUGAGGGUGAAGUAUAUGUAUCCCUUGGAAAUUUUAAUUUUCUUUGUACUUUUUUCAGCACACUUGGGGGUAUAGCAAGUAAGAUUUCACAUAAUGUUCCUGGAAUGGCUGUACCAUCAAUGUGCAGCCUCCACGUGCGUGGUGUGGAGGCCAAGUCAGGUGACACUGAUGCUCCCCUACCUACCGUGAAAUCCUGCCACUUGGAAAGAAUCCUAUUGAUUUAAGCCUUUACCUCCUGCACUGGUCAGGAAUCUGUUAGUUUAGUGAUAGAGACCCAACUCAAAUUAGGUCAAAGAUUGAAGAGAAUUUAGUGGUUUCAUUAAUUCUACAGUCCAAAGGCCAGGUGGUUUUAGGCAGGGUGACUGUAUGUUCUGGUAGCCUAGGCCAGUCCUAAUUUGUGCUGCUGUCCUGACUUCAGUAUUACUAGCAGCCUCUUUUACUCUCAAAAGUGUCCUGAUUUGGGACACAAAAUAUAUGGUAAUGCUAACUUUAGGUCUAGAAUUCAGGUCUAGUUCAAAGAAUGUGUCAAGAUUCUUUUUCUCUCCCUGUUUCCUGGCUCCUUGUGCUUCUGUGUUGGCUUCAUUCUCAAAUCGGGUUUACAUGGCUGGAAACUGGCCACUGGCUUCCCCUUCCUCCUGCCCUGCAACCUCCUGUCAGCGUCUGCCAUUGGCUGCAGCCAGUCGGAGACAGUUGAGCAGGAACCUGGGGGGCUCUGUCCCCUGUGAUACCUAGCAGAGCAGCGGCAGGGAGGACCAAAGGGCUGGCACACUCUGCUCGGUCAUGUGCCCACAAGCACUGUGUUCAGAGAAUAUUGGUCCAGCCCGGAUCACAUACUUACUGUGAGGUGGAGGGAUGGGGGCGACCUAGUGGACAGGAUGUCCUGGACAAUUACACUAAGGAUGGGAAGCUGGCAGCAAAAUGUUAAGGUGCUUCCACCACAUCUCCUGACAAAAUACAAGUACCGCCCAGGGAAGAGAACCACUUUAAGGCCUAUCCAUCCUUUUCCCUUAUUCUGAAUGAGCCUGUUAGAUCCUUGUCUGCGUGGGGUUUGAAUGGGCUGGGUAAGGAGAGAAGAAAUUAUUUGGUGCCUUGGAAGUUGAGGAGCAAGGACGGGAACUAUAGGAGCAGAAGGAUGACUGACUUAAAAAGAAAAUUGCGGAAAAGGGAGACUCAGAGCACUGCAGAGCUGGGUUUCCUGAUGGGGCCGGCUUUCUGCGCUUCUGAUUUAUUUUGUGUGCUCCCAGUGUCUUACAGCCCUGUUGGCUGCGGCAGCACAUGUAGCUUCUUUGGGGAAUUAGAUUUUCUUUCCUGGGUCUUAACUGACAGUCCAGAGUCUGGACUGCUUUUUCUUGUACCCUUCCCAUUUUGAAGUUUAUCUUGCCUCUUUUUUUCUGUUACUAACAAAGGGAGCUCAUUCUCAAGCUCACUGCUCUCAGUUUGUCUUUGCCUCAUUCCGAAGAGCUUGGCAUUCUUUGCAAAUAUUUGGGAAACCUGGGCCAAAAGUGCUGACUGAGUCAUCCCAGCCUGUCCACUCCUGGAGCUCUCUGGCUCUGUGGA